AUGUUCACUUCACGGAGUACUGCUGUCCAUCCGCAAAAUACCCUCUCCGACUAUUCUCCACCACAUAUUGAUGGUCCACAGUAUCAUUCUGGUCGAUUGAACAGAUUAGAUGCGAAAACACGACGUCGUCGUAUUAUUGGUUUUGUUGCGGUCCUAUUUGUUAUAGUUAUUGGCCUGGUCAUUGGGGUCAAGUUUGGUAUAAAUAAAUCGAAUCUCACACGUGAAACUGAGCUUGUUUCACAUUUCACAAGUACUCAAACUUCGACCUUGACAACACCGUCAGCUAUCACAGAAACCGUUCAAUUCACGACAAUCAGUUCAAUUGCGAAUAUCAGUGUACCAACGAAAACACCUGCUAUUGAUAGUGUUACCGAUACAAAUGGCAAUUCUUCUGAAACGAAUGUUACACCACUCGAUAAUCAAUCAUCAACGGCAGUUAACAGUGAAACAAUGACAACAGCAAGGAGCAGUAUGUAUAAUAAUAUGGAAAUAUCGGCAACUGUCAACAUCACAAAUGAAGAUUUGGUUUCGAACAACGCCAUUAUUGAAUCUGCGACGAAUGCAGAGACUAUUAUUCACUCAACAGCAGUGUCAUUAUUGAACACUACGAUUCAGACGGAUAAUUCGUCCAGCAAUGCAACACCUAGUAGAAAUUCAUCUGAAUAG